UUGACUUACCCCGCCAAAAUUUUGCUGCUGCACGGAAAGUGGCCGAUGCGCUGCCCGACAUCAAACCAGAGCCAACGUACGAGGACGCAACAACCCUCGGAGAAAAGUUUUCGGCAUGGCGCCGUACGAUAGUGAAUCUUCGGGUUCCGAAGAUGAAGAUUACACAGAAACCAAUGUGCUCCUUGGCUACGCUUCCACCGACGCCAAUGGAGAGGAGAUCAGUCGACUAGGUGGUCGUCCAGUAUGUUGACUCUACAUGCACAUCGCUCGCGCUACUCUUUAAACGGCCAUUAACCGAACGUAGGACUGGCUGGACGCAGACAAAGCGCCCUCCGCUGCAAUCGCAAGGUGCAAGGUGUGCAAUGACCUGAUGGUCCUCCUCUUACAGCUCAACGCCGAGCUCCCGGACCGCUUUCCGACUCACGAGCGUCGCCUAUAUGUCUUUGCUUGCAAGAGGAAAAGCUGUCGCAGAAAAGAUGGAAAUAUCCGCGCCAUAAGAGGAAUCCGAGUCUCCGCUGAGGCGCCUUCCUCAAGCGUGAGGAACGAUCCAGCACCUCAAGCGGCCGCGCCGCCAAAGGCCUCCUCACAAGGCUUAGGCGAGGCGCUCUUUGGCGUGAAGCCGGCGGCGACAGCAGGAUCGGCCGCCCGAGCCAACCCUUUCGCAACCUCGUCCUCUUCUCCGACCAAUCCCUUCGCUCCAAAAGCGUCCUCGUCCACUCCAGCGAACCCGUUCGCCAAAGCACAUCCCGCCACGGAGCCGCCAAAACCCGACAUCGGCCAGACUACAGCCGACCUCCCCAAAACCUUCGCUGAAACACUCUCCCUCAACAACCCGCAGGAGCAACAAGCUCCCGUCACCCACGGCCCGCCUUCCCCGCCCGAACCCUGGCCCGAGCUCUCCGCUCAACCGGCCCCCUACCCGGUCCGCUGGCUCGCCGACGCGGAGUACGAGACGCUCGACCCGAUCCCCCUCCCCGCCGUACCGACCGGCCCGACGGCAAUGGACAUUGACUCGGGCGAAGGCUCUGGAGGCAGCGGCAAGGAAGACAAGGAAGUGUUCGAAUCUACCAUGGAUGCAACCUUCCAAAAGUUUGCAGACCGCGUCGGUCAAAACCCGGAGCAGUGCAUCCGGUACGAGUUUGCGGGCGAACCGCUUCUGUAUUCCAAGGGGGAUGCGGUCGGCAAGAUGCUGCAUGUGAGCGAGAAGGAGGGCAAGGUUAGUACUGGGAAGGGCAUGCCGCGCUGCGAAAACUGUGGGGCUAGGAGAGUGUUUGAGGUGCAGUUGAUGCCGCAUGCGAUCCAAGAGUUGGAAUGCGAGGAGGACGGGCUGGAUGGGAUGGACUGGGGAACUAUUAUUGUUGGGGUCUGCGAGAGGGACUGCCAGGAAAGAGGGGUGCGAGUGGGAGAGGCCGGUUACGUCGAGGAGUGGGCUGGGGUCCAAUGGGAGGAGCUGACCAUGAAGAGGUGAAUGGAUAGACGGGUAGAACUGCAAAAUCCAUACAAGAGAAGAAAAA